GUACAAGAUACCUUCAUGACCUACACAGUGUAUGAUGACAUCAUCACCAUGAAGCUCAUUCAAGAGGCCUGCAAGGUUCUCGGUGUGUCCACGGAGGCCAUUCUGAAGCUCUUUGGAGAAUACUUCUUUAAAUUCUGCAAGAUGUCUGGCUACGACAGGAUGCUACGGACAUUAGGAGGAAACCUUACAGAGUUUAUUGAAAACCUAGAUGCCCUCCACAGUUACCUGGCCCUCUCUUAUCAGGAGAUGAAUGCACCAUCAUUUCGUGUGGAGAGAGGAAAAGAUGGGGAAAUGCUCCUCCAUUACUACUCGGAUAGAAGCGGUCUGUGCCAUAUAGUACCAGGUAUUAUUGAGGCUGUGGCAAAGGACUUCUUUGACAUUGAUGUGACCUUGGAUAUCCUUGAGAUGAAUGAGGAAGUGGAGAGGACAGGGAAGAGAGAACAUGUUGUAUUUCUGGUUGUGCAGAAGGCUUGCAGGCAGAUAAGAAGGGCAAAGCCAAACAAGUUACAAGACCAAAAGGACACCCAGAGAGACCAAGAGGCUCUUGAGGCAGCUUUCCUUAGGAUGAAGGAGAAAUAUUUGAGUGUAUCUGUUUAUCCUGGGAAGAAAUCCCCCUGGGAUGUCGUGAGGGGAAUAGUCAUGUUUGGAAAAGGGCACCUCAGGGACUCCUUCCGGCCCAGGUAUCCUGAGAGACUCUGGAUUGAAGAAAGAACGUUCUGCAAUGCUUUUCCUUUCCACAUUGUCUUUGAUGAAACACUGAGGAUCAAGCAAGCUGGCGUGAAUAUUCAGAAGUAUGUCCCAGGACUCCAGACCCAAAAGAUCCAACUAAAUGAGUAUUUCUCCAUCGUUCAUCCUCAAGUUACCUUCAACAUUUUCAGCAUCUGCAAGUUCAUCAACAGCCAAUUUGUCUUGAAGACACGAAGAGAAAUGAUGCCAGAAGCAUGGCAACAUCAGCCCACACUCAAGCUUCGAGGCCAGAUGAUCUGGAUGGAGUCCCUGCGAUGCAUGAUAUUCGUGUGCUCACCAAAGCUUCGCAGCCUGCAAGAGCUGGAGGAGCGUAAGAUGCACCUCUCAGACAUUGCUCCCCAUGACACCACCAGGGACCUCAUCCUCCUCAACCAGCAGCGCCUGGCAGAGAUGGAGCUGUCAAACCAGUUGGAGAGGAAGAAGGAGGAGCUGCGCAUCCUCUCUAAACACCUGGCCAUUGAAAAGAAGAAGACAGAGACUUUGCUGUAUGCGAUGCUGCCAGAACACGUGGCCAAUCAGCUAAAGGAGGGCAAAAAGGUCGCUGCAGGAGAAUUUGAAACCUGCACGAUCCUUUUCAGUGAUGUGGUAACCUUUACUAACAUCUGUGCUGCCUGUGAACCUAUCCAGAUAGUGAACAUGCUGAAUUCCAUGUACUCCAAGUUUGACAGACUAACCAGUAUCCAUGAUGUCUACAAAGUGGAAACAAUAGGCGAUGCUUACAUGGUGGUGGGUGGAGUGCCAGUUCCUACUGGAAGCCAUGCUCAACGGGUGGCGAAUUUUGCCUUGGGGAUGAGAAUUUCUGCAAAAGAAGUGAUGAAUCCUGUUUCUGGAGAACCCAUCCAGAUCAGAGUGGGGAUUCACACUGGACCAGUCUUAGCAGGUGUCGUGGGAGACAAGAUGCCACGCUACUGCUUGUUUGGUGACACUGUGAACACAGCCUCUCGGAUGGAAAGUCAUGGGCUUCCCAACAAAGUGCACCUCAGCCCUACAGCCUACAGAGCUUUGGAAAAUCAGGGAUUUGAAAUUGUUGAGAGGGGUGAAAUUGAGGUGAAAGGAAAAGGGAAAAUGACAACAUACUUUCUGAUUCGGAACUUGAAUGCCACAGAGGAUGAAAUUAUGGGAAGACACAAAACUCCACUUGAUGACAAAGAACCAAGUGUUCAGGGAAAGCAAGACAGGAAAACUAUUACCAUCAGUGCCAGUGAUGUGGCAGGUGCUUCCGAUGAAGCUCGAACCUCCAGGAACCCAGUGACAGGAGGGGACUCCAUGGACUCUGCUGACCACCGACUAUCCUCAGACCAAAUCAAGACCAGUCCUUCUCUUAAUGACCCCAGGCCAUCUGUUUUCUGCAUUUUGUUAUAG